AUGUGCCCAUCAACUUUUGGACCAGAGCCCAAGCUGCCCAAGCUUAUGGCGCCCGCACCUCUUCGAGCAACUGAGCCAAAGCAUCCACGGCGAGUGCGCAAAGAGCUGCGCAGCCUCUCAGUCCAGCAGCGUGACCGCGUGUUCAAUGCCAUGAACGUCAUGAAGAAUAUGUCUACUCUGCAGGGCCAGGUUUCUUUCGGUCGCCGCUACGUCUCGUACGACGACUUGGUCGCACAGCACCUGCAGGCUGCAGCUGCAAGACACUGUGAUGAGGCUCACUUAGGACAGGGCUUCGCCACCUACCAUCGUGCCUUCACGCUCCGAUUUGAAGAAAGCCUUCUGGCAGUGGACCCAAGUAUUGGUGCUUUACCAUACUGGGACUACAACAUCGAGGCACGGAGCAAAGAUCCUCGUCAGAGCGAGAUUUGGGAGUGGUUCGGAAGCAGUGAAGGUGAUCCUGCCCAAGGCAAUGCAGUGAAGGAUGGGAGGUUCGGGCACUGGCGAGUUGCUGCAGCCAAAGAGAUCUCCAACUUGUCGAACUCCUUUGGUCUUUUGUGA